AUGCCUCUAUACUUAUUUGAAAAUGUUCUAAGAAAAAGUAAACUAAUAAUAAGAAAAGAUAUAGCAAACACAAAAACAACAACCCAACUUAUGCUUAGCUUUGAGAUUUCAUUCAAACUUCAUAUUAGAAAAGAUCUUAGAUUAAUAACAAAGUGA